AUGGAGGACACACAAGUGUCAUUGAAAUCCUAUGAGAGCAAACUCAGGGGUCACGUGUCAUUACCUGGAGGCUUUAUAAAGAGAAGGGUACCUCCAGAGAGGCUAUCACAGCUAAGCAUGGCUAAAUUAUUGAGGGUGGCCGUAUUACUAGUCCUCUGCACCACAGCAGUGUGGUGCACCAGUGAUUAUGAUGAAGACGAUGGGGGGGAUGAAGCAGAAAAGAACACGGAAACAUCGGUUGAUGCAAGAGGACACAGGCCACUCCCUUCAGGACAAAAACUGCCUCCAACCAGAAAGCCUCCUCCACCACCACUCAGUGGAGGUGGCUACAGAGCACGUCCGACCAAAGCUCCAGCCAAAGGAGAGAAGAAAGGACCCGUAGUGUUUCCUGACAGUGGAGGAUGUAAACAUCUACAGGAUGAGUUGGGAGUGUUAUGUCCCACUGGUUGUGAAUUGCGCACCAAUCUUCUAAAACAACAAAGGAAUGUCAAAAACUCUGUGGCUAACAUUCGUCCCAGGCUGGAGUCACUGUCUCAUUCAUCAACCAAUAUUUUCAAGUAUGCCUCUAUACUUGGAGAAAAAUUCAAAGAACGACAGGAACUCAACAAAGAAAAUGAGAAUCUUAUUAAUGAAUACAGUAUAGAUCUGGAGGAACACUACACUUAUAUCAAGGAAAAUGUGGAUAACAAUAUUCCAUCCAACAUCCGCAUCCUCCGCCAAGUGUUAGAGAAUCUGAGAUCCAAAAUCCAGAAACUAGAAACCACAAUUUCCUUCCAGGUGGAGAACUGCCGAACUCCAUGUGUUACAAGUUGCAACAUUCCAGUGGUAUCUGGCAAAGAGUGCGAAGAAAUCUACAGGAAAGGUGGGGAGACAUCAGAGAUGUAUCUCAUACAGCCAGAUGCAUUCUUCAGGCCAUACAAAGUUUACUGUGAUAUGACCACACAAGAUGGCGGAUGGACAGUAAUCCAGAACAGACAAGAUGGCAGCGUUAACUUUGGAAGAACAUGGGACAGCUAUAAGAAUGGAUUUGGAAAUGUUGCUUUCAAUGGAGGAAAAGGAAUCUGCGAUACUCCAGGUGAAUAUUGGCUCGGUAAUGAGAGAAUUAGCCAGAUUACUAACCUAGGACCCACCGAAGCUUUGAUUGAAAUGGAAGACUGGGACAGCAACAAAGUUUCAGCCAAGUAUACUAGUUUCACUGUGCAAAAUGAAGCAAACAAAUAUCAGCUUUCUGUGAGUGGCUACAAGGGUACUGCCGGAAAUGCUCUCAUGGAAGGGGCUUCAGAACUUAGAGGAGAAAACAGAACCAUGACAAUACACAAUGGCAUGUUCUUCAGUACUCAUGACAGAGACAAUGACGGAUGGUUGCAUGCAGAUCCAAACAAACAGUGCGCCAAAGAAGAUGGUGGUGGUUGGUGGUACAACAGAUGCCACUCUGCUAAUCCUAAUGGCAGAUAUUACUGGGGUGGAUAUUACACAUAUGAUAUGGCAAAACAUGGUACAGAUGAUGGUGUUGUAUGGAUGAACUGGAAGAAAUCCUGGUAUUCAAUGAUGAAGAUGAGCAUAAAAAUCCGCCCGUUCUUCAGCAAUUAAAAACAUGUCAUAUGGUGCCUGAAACAGCAAGACAUCAACACAGCAGUCUGAGCCAAAGUACAUCAUCCAACACGUGGAACACUUCAGGUCAUCUGUCAGGAUGACUCUAUGCAUUGUUCUAGAGUCAUGUAUUAGAAAGCAACUAAGUAGAUGUAAUGUAUGAGCCAAAACAUCCAACACCCAGGGUCAUCAUCCCACAAUGCUCUCCUUAACAGUAAAAAUAAAGAAGGCAUAUAAGAAGUCUGUUAACAUUUUACACCACAAUCCAAACUCAAAAUGCUUGAUGCAGUCCUUCAGUGAGUGUUAUAAUGGCAACAAUUUGCCGACAUUUCCUUUUUUCUUAUUUAUGACUGAUUAUAUGAUUUUCUAUCUAGCUGUUAGUAAAUCAACUAGCGGUUGCCCACUGUGGCUACGACAAACAAAUGACCAUAUUGAGGACCAGGUUGAUCACUGAAACAUGUUGUUAUGGUGAUGUCACUUAAAAGCUGUGUAACAAUAAAGAAGCUGAAGUAUUGUCUACAGUG